GGCCCUGGCCUGGCCUGGCCUGGCCUGGCCUGGCCUGGCCUGGCCUGGCCCUGGCCUGGCCUGGCCUGGCCCUGGCCUGGCCUGGCCUGGCCUGGCCCUGGCCUGGCCUGGCCUGGCCUGGCCUGGCCUGGCCUGGCCUGGCCUGGCCUGGCCUGGCCUGGCCUGGCCUGGCCUGGCCUGGCCUGGCCUGGCCUGGCCUGGCCUGGCCUGGCCUGGCCUGGCCUGGCCUGGCCUGGCCUGGCCUGGCCUGGCCUGGCCUGGCCUGGCCUGGCCUGGCCUGGCCUGGCCUGGCCUGGCCUGGCCUGGCCCUGGCCUGGCCUGGCCUGGCCUGGCCUGGCCUGGCCUGGCCUGGCCUGGCCUGGCCUGGCCUGGCCUGGCCUGGCCUGGCCUGGCCUGGCCUGGCCUGGCCUGGCCUGGCCUGGCCUGGCCUGGCCUGGCCUGGCCUGGCCUGGCCUGGCCUGGCCUGGCCUGGCCUGGCCUGGCCCUGGCCUGGCCUGGCCUGGCCUGGCCUGGCCUGGCCUGGCCUGGCCUGGCCUGGCCUGGCCUGGCCUGGCCUGGCCUGGCCUGGCCUGGCCUGGCCUGGCCUGGCCUGGCCUGGCCUGGCCUGGCCUGGCCUGGCCUGGCCUGGCCUGGCCUGGCCUGGCCUGGCCUGGCCUGGCCUGGCCUGGCCUGGCCUGGCCUGGCCUGGCCUGGCCUGGCCCUGGCCUGGCCUGGCCUGGCCUGGCCUGGCCUGGCCUGGCCUGGCCUGGCCUGGCCUGGCCUGGCCUGGCCUGGCCUGGCCUGGCCUGGCCUGGCCUGGCCUGGCCUGGCCCUGGCCUGGCCUGGCCUGGCCUGGCCUGGCCUGGCCUGGCCUGGCCUGGCCUGGCCUGGCCUGGCCUGGCCUGGCCUGGCCUGGCCUGGCCUGGCCUGGCCUGGCCUGGCCUGGCCUGGCCUGGCCUGGCCUGGCCUGGCCUGGCCUGGCCUGGCCUGGCCUGGCCUGGCCUGGCCUGGCCUGGCCUGGCCUGGCCUGGCCUGGCCUGGCCUGGCCUGGCCUGGCCUGGCCUGGCCUGGCCUGGCCUGGCCUGGCCUGGCCUGGCCUGGCCUGGCCUGGCCUGGCCUGGCCUGGCCUGGCCUGGCCUGGCCUGGCCUGGCCUGGCCUGGCCUGGCCUGGCCUGGCCCUGGCCUGGCCUGGCCUGGCCUGGCCUGGCCUGGCCUGGCCUGGCCUGGCCUGGCCUGGCCUGGCCUGGCCUGGCCUGGCCUGGCCUGGCCUGGCCUGGCCUGGCCUGGCCUGGCCUGGCCUGGCCUGGCCUGGCCUGGCCUGGCCCUGGCCUGGCCUGGCCUGGCCUGGCCUGGCCUGGCCUGGCCUGGCCUGGCCUGGCCUGGCCUGGCCUGGCCUGGCCCUGGCCUGGCCUGGCCUGGCCUGGCCUGGCCUGGCCUGGCCUGGCCUGGCCUGGCCUGGCCUGGCCUGGCCUGGCCUGGCCUGGCCUGGCCUGGCCUGGCCUGGCCUGGCCUGGCCUGGCCUGGCCUGGCCUGGCCUGGCCUGGCCUGGCCUGGCCUGGCCUGGCCUGGCCUGGCCUGGCCUGGCCUGGCCUGGCCUGGCCUGGCCUGGCCUGGCCUGGCCUGGCCUGGCCUGGCCUGGCCUGGCCUGGCCUGGCCUGGCCUGGCCUGGCCUGGCCUGGCCUGGCCUGGCCUGGCCUGGCCUGGCCUGGCCUGGCCUGGCCUGGCCUGGCCUGGCCUGGCCUGGCCUGGCCUGGCCUGGCCUGGCCUGGCCUGGCCUGGCCUGGCCUGGCCUGGCCUGGCCUGGCCUGGCCUGGCCUGGCCUGGCCUGGCCUGGCCUGGCCUGGCCUGGCCUGGCCUGGCCUGGCCUGGCCUGGCCUGGCCUGGCCUGGCCUGGCCUGGCCUGGCCUGGCCUGGCCUGGCCUGGCCUGGCCUGGCCUGGCCUGGCCUGGCCUGGCCUGGCCUGGCCUGGCCUGGCCUGGCCUGGCCUGGCCUGGCCUGGCCUGGCCUGGCCUGGCCUGGCCUGGCCUGGCCUGGCCUGGCCUGGCCUGGCCUGGCCUGGCCUGGCCUGGCCUGGCCUGGCCUGGCCUGGCCUGGCCUGGCCUGGCCUGGCCUGGCCUGGCCUGGCCUGGCCUGGCCUGGCCUGGCCUGGCCUGGCCUGGCCUGGCCUGGCCUGGCCUGGCCUGGCCUGGCCUGGCCUGGCCUGGCCUGGCCUGGCCUGGCCUGGCCUGGCCUGGCCUGGCCUGGCCUGGCCUGGCCUGGCCUGGCCUGGCCUGGCCUGGCCUGGCCUGGCCUGGCCUGGCCUGGCCUGGCCUGGCCUGGCCUGGCCUGGCCUGGCCUGGCCUGGCCUGGCCUGGCCUGGCCUGGCCUGGCCUGGCCUGGCCUGGCCUGGCCUGGCCUGGCCUGGCCUGGCCUGGCCUGGCCUGGCCUGGCCUGGCCUGGCCUGGCCUGGCCUGGCCUGGCCUGGCCUGGCCUGGCCUGGCCUGGCCUGGCCUGGCCUGGCCUGGCCUGGCCUGGCCUGGCCUGGCCUGGCCUGGCCUGGCCUGGCCUGGCCUGGCCUGGCCUGGCCUGGCCUGGCCUGGCCUGGCCUGGCCUGGCCUGGCCUGGCCUGGCCUGGCCUGGCCUGGCCUGGCCUGGCCUGGCCUGGCCUGGCCUGGCCUGGCCUGGCCUGGCCUGGCCUGGCCUGGCCUGGCCUGGCCUGGCCUGGCCUGGCCUGGCCUGGCCUGGCCUGGCCUGGCCUGGCCUGGCCUGGCCUGGCCUGGCCUGGCCUGGCCUGGCCUGGCCUGGCCUGGCCUGGCCUGGCCUGGCCUGGCCUGGCCUGGCCUGGCCUGGCCUGGCCUGGCCUGGCCUGGCCUGGCCUGGCCUGGCCUGGCCUGGCCUGGCCUGGCCUGGCCUGGCCUGGCCUGGCCUGGCCUGGCCUGGCCUGGCCUGGCCUGGCCUGGCCUGGCCUGGCCUGGCCUGGCCUGGCCUGGCCUGGCCUGGCCUGGCCUGGCCUGGCCUGGCCUGGCCUGGCCUGGCCUGGCCUGGCCUGGCCUGGCCUGGCCUGGCCUGGCCUGGCCUGGCCUGGCCUGGCCUGGCCUGGCCUGGCCUGGCCUGGCCUGGCCUGGCCUGGCCUGGCCUGGCCUGGCCUGGCCUGGCCUGGCCUGGCCUGGCCUGGCCUGGCCUGGCCUGGCCUGGCCUGGCCUGGCCUGGCCUGGCCUGGCCUGGCCUGGCCUGGCCUGGCCUGGCCUGGCCUGGCCUGGCCUGGCCUGGCCUGGCCUGGCCUGGCCUGGCCUGGCCUGGCCUGGCCUGGCCUGGCCUGGCCUGGCCUGGCCUGGCCUGGCCUGGCCUGGCCUGGCCUGGCCUGGCCUGGCCUGGCCUGGCCUGGCCUGGCCUGGCCUGGCCUGGCCUGGCCUGGCCUGGCCUGGCCUGGCCUGGCCUGGCCUGGCCUGGCCUGGCCUGGCCUGGCCUGGCCUGGCCUGGCCUGGCCUGGCCUGGCCUGGCCUGGCCUGGCCUGGCCUGGCCUGGCCUGGCCUGGCCUGGCCUGGCCUGGCCUGGCCUGGCCUGGCCUGGCCUGGCCUGGCCUGGCCUGGCCUGGCCUGGCCUGGCCUGGCCUGGCCUGGCCUGGCCUGGCCUGGCCUGGCCUGGCCUGGCCUGGCCUGGCCCUGGCCUGGCCUGGCCUGGCCUGGCCUGGCCUGGCCUGGCCUGGCCUGGCCUGGCCUGGCCUGGCCUGGCCUGGCCUGGCCUGGCCUGGCCUGGCCCUGGCCUGGCCUGGCCUGGCCUGGCCUGGCCUGGCCUGGCCUGGCCUGGCCUGGCCUGGCCUGGCCUGGCCUGGCCUGGCCUGGCCUGGCCUGGCCUGGCCUGGCCUGGCCUGGCCUGGCCUGGCCUGGCCUGGCCUGGCCUGGCCUGGCCUGGCCUGGCCCUGGCCUGGCCUGGCCUGGCCUGGCCUGGCCUGGCCUGGCCUGGCCUGGCCUGGCCUGGCCUGGCCUGGCCUGGCCUGGCCUGGCCUGGCCUGGCCUGGCCUGGCCUGGCCUGGCCUGGCCUGGCCUGGCCUGGCCUGGCCUGGCCUGGCCUGGCCUGGCCUGGCCUGGCCUGGCCUGGCCUGGCCUGGCCUGGCCUGGCCUGGCCUGGCCUGGCCUGGCCUGGCCUGGCCUGGCCUGGCCUGGCCUGGCCUGGCCUGGCCUGGCCUGGCCUGGCCUGGCCUGGCCUGGCCUGGCCUGGCCUGGCCUGGCCUGGCCUGGCCUGGCCUGGCCUGGCCUGGCCUGGCCUGGCCUGGCCUGGCCUGGCCUGGCCUGGCCUGGCCUGGCCUGGCCUGGCCUGGCCUGGCCUGGCCUGGCCUGGCCUGGCCUGGCCUGGCCUGGCCUGGCCUGGCCUGGCCUGGCCUGGCCUGGCCUGGCCUGGCCUGGCCUGGCCUGGCCUGGCCUGGCCUGGCCUGGCCUGGCCUGGCCUGGCCUGGCCUGGCCUGGCCUGGCCUGGCCUGGCCUGGCCUGGCCUGGCCUGGCCUGGCCUGGCCUGGCCUGGCCUGGCCUGGCCUGGCCUGGCCUGGCCUGGCCUGGCCUGGCCUGGCCUGGCCUGGCCUGGCCUGGCCUGGCCUGGCCUGGCCUGGCCUGGCCUGGCCUGGCCUGGCCUGGCCUGGCCUGGCCUGGCCUGGCCUGGCCUGGCCUGGCCUGGCCUGGCCUGGCCUGGCCCUGGCCUGGCCUGGCCUGGCCUGGCCUGGCCUGGCCUGGCCUGGCCUGGCCUGGCCUGGCCUGGCCUGGCCUGGCCUGGCCUGGCCUGGCCUGGCCUGGCCUGGCCUGGCCUGGCCUGGCCUGGCCUGGCCUGGCCUGGCCUGGCCUGGCCUGGCCUGGCCUGGCCUGGCCUGGCCUGGCCUGGCCUGGCCUGGCCUGGCCUGGCCUGGCCUGGCCUGGCCUGGCCUGGCCUGGCCUGGCCUGGCCUGGCCUGGCCUGGCCUGGCCUGGCCUGGCCUGGCCUGGCCUGGCCUGGCCUGGCCUGGCCUGGCCUGGCCUGGCCUGGCCUGGCCUGGCCUGGCCUGGCCUGGCCUGGCCUGGCCUGGCCUGGCCUGGCCUGGCCUGGCCUGGCCUGGCCUGGCCUGGCCUGGCCUGGCCUGGCCUGGCCUGGCCUGGCCUGGCCUGGCCUGGCCUGGCCUGGCCUGGCCUGGCCUGGCCUGGCCUGGCCUGGCCUGGCCUGGCCUGGCCUGGCCUGGCCUGGCCUGGCCUGGCCUGGCCUGGCCUGGCCUGGCCUGGCCUGGCCUGGCCUGGCCUGGCCUGGCCUGGCCUGGCCUGGCCUGGCCUGGCCUGGCCUGGCCUGGCCUGGCCUGGCCUGGCCUGGCCUGGCCUGGCCUGGCCUGGCCUGGCCUGGCCUGGCCUGGCCUGGCCUGGCCUGGCCUGGCCUGGCCUGGCCUGGCCUGGCCUGGCCUGGCCUGGCCUGGCCUGGCCUGGCCUGGCCUGGCCUGGCCUGGCCUGGCCUGGCCUGGCCUGGCCUGGCCUGGCCUGGCCUGGCCUGGCCUGGCCUGGCCUGGCCUGGCCUGGCCUGGCCUGGCCUGGCCUGGCCUGGCCUGGCCUGGCCUGGCCUGGCCUGGCCUGGCCUGGCCUGGCCUGGCCUGGCCUGGCCUGGCCUGGCCUGGCCUGGCCUGGCCUGGCCUGGCCUGGCCUGGCCUGGCCUGGCCUGGCCUGGCCUGGCCUGGCCUGGCCUGGCCUGGCCUGGCCUGGCCUGGCCUGGCCUGGCCUGGCCUGGCCUGGCCUGGCCUGGCCUGGCCUGGCCUGGCCUGGCCUGGCCUGGCCUGGCCUGGCCUGGCCUGGCCUGGCCUGGCCUGGCCUGGCCUGGCCUGGCCUGGCCUGGCCUGGCCUGGCCUGGCCUGGCCUGGCCUGGCCUGGCCUGGCCUGGCCUGGCCUGGCCUGGCCUGGCCUGGCCUGGCCUGGCCUGGCCUGGCCUGGCCUGGCCUGGCCUGGCCUGGCCUGGCCUGGCCUGGCCUGGCCUGGCCUGGCCUGGCCUGGCCUGGCCUGGCCUGGCCUGGCCUGGCCUGGCCUGGCCUGGCCUGGCCUGGCCUGGCCUGGCCUGGCCUGGCCUGGCCUGGCCUGGCCUGGCCUGGCCUGGCCUGGCCUGGCCUGGCCUGGCCUGGCCUGGCCUGGCCUGGCCUGGCCUGGCCUGGCCUGGCCUGGCCUGGCCUGGCCUGGCCUGGCCUGGCCUGGCCUGGCCUGGCCUGGCCUGGCCUGGCCUGGCCUGGCCUGGCCUGGCCUGGCCUGGCCUGGCCUGGCCUGGCCUGGCCUGGCCUGGCCUGGCCUGGCCUGGCCUGGCCUGGCCUGGCCUGGCCUGGCCUGGCCUGGCCUGGCCUGGCCUGGCCUGGCCUGGCCUGGCCUGGCCUGGCCUGGCCUGGCCUGGCCUGGCCUGGCCUGGCCUGGCCUGGCCUGGCCUGGCCUGGCCUGGCCUGGCCUGGCCUGGCCUGGCCUGGCCUGGCCUGGCCUGGCCUGGCCUGGCCUGGCCUGGCCUGGCCUGGCCUGGCCUGGCCUGGCCUGGCCUGGCCUGGCCUGGCCUGGCCUGGCCUGGCCUGGCCUGGCCUGGCCUGGCCUGGCCUGGCCUGGCCUGGCCUGGCCUGGCCUGGCCUGGCCUGGCCUGGCCUGGCCUGGCCUGGCCUGGCCUGGCCUGGCCUGGCCUGGCCUGGCCUGGCCUGGCCUGGCCUGGCCUGGCCUGGCCUGGCCUGGCCUGGCCUGGCCUGGCCUGGCCUGGCCUGGCCUGGCCUGGCCUGGCCUGGCCUGGCCUGGCCUGGCCUGGCCUGGCCUGGCCUGGCCUGGCCUGGCCUGGCCUGGCCUGGCCUGGCCUGGCCUGGCCUGGCCUGGCCUGGCCUGGCCUGGCCUGGCCUGGCCUGGCCUGGCCUGGCCUGGCCUGGCCUGGCCUGGCCUGGCCUGGCCUGGCCUGGCCUGGCCUGGCCUGGCCUGGCCUGGCCUGGCCUGGCCUGGCCUGGCCUGGCCUGGCCUGGCCUGGCCUGGCCUGGCCUGGCCUGGCCUGGCCUGGCCUGGCCUGGCCUGGCCUGGCCUGGCCUGGCCUGGCCUGGCCUGGCCUGGCCUGGCCUGGCCUGGCCUGGCCUGGCCUGGCCUGGCCUGGCCUGGCCUGGCCUGGCCUGGCCUGGCCUGGCCUGGCCUGGCCUGGCCUGGCCUGGCCUGGCCUGGCCUGGCCUGGCCUGGCCUGGCCUGGCCUGGCCUGGCCUGGCCUGGCCUGGCCUGGCCUGGCCUGGCCUGGCCUGGCCUGGCCUGGCCUGGCCUGGCCUGGCCUGGCCUGGCCUGGCCUGGCCUGGCCUGGCCUGGCCUGGCCUGGCCUGGCCUGGCCUGGCCUGGCCUGGCCUGGCCUGGCCUGGCCUGGCCUGGCCUGGCCUGGCCUGGCCUGGCCUGGCCUGGCCUGGCCUGGCCUGGCCUGGCCUGGCCUGGCCUGGCCUGGCCUGGCCUGGCCUGGCCUGGCCUGGCCUGGCCUGGCCUGGCCUGGCCUGGCCUGGCCUGGCCUGGCCUGGCCUGGCCUGGCCUGGCCUGGCCUGGCCUGGCCUGGCCUGGCCUGGCCUGGCCUGGCCUGGCCUGGCCUGGCCUGGCCUGGCCUGGCCUGGCCUGGCCUGGCCUGGCCUGGCCUGGCCUGGCCUGGCCUGGCCUGGCCUGGCCUGGCCUGGCCUGGCCUGGCCUGGCCUGGCCUGGCCUGGCCUGGCCUGGCCUGGCCUGGCCUGGCCUGGCCUGGCCUGGCCUGGCCUGGCCUGGCCUGGCCUGGCCUGGCCUGGCCUGGCCUGGCCUGGCCUGGCCUGGCCUGGCCUGGCCUGGCCUGGCCUGGCCUGGCCUGGCCUGGCCUGGCCUGGCCUGGCCUGGCCUGGCCUGGCCUGGCCUGGCCUGGCCUGGCCUGGCCUGGCCUGGCCUGGCCUGGCCUGGCCUGGCCUGGCCUAGCCUGGCCUGGCCUGGCCUGGCCUGGCCUGGCCUGGCCUGGCCUGGCCUGGCCUGGCCUGGCCUGGCCUGGCCUGGCCUGGCCUUGGCCUAGCCUGGCCUGGCCUGGCCUGGCCUGGCCUGGCCUGGCCUGGCCUGGCCUGGCCUGGCCUGGCCUGGCCUGGCCUGACCUAGCCUGGCCCUGGCCUAGCCAUAACAACACGAGGUUGCCACAACUGGCCCAAAAACAGUGCAUUAAAACGAGUCGCGAUAGAUUGGAAUGCGGCUCAGGUAGCGGAGCCAUCACGCACACAAGCGGUAAACAACGCGUGAUCGAGACACCGCACCGCCCCUGCAUUCCGAUCACGUCAUCGUGCUCUUCGAAUAUCGGCGCUUAA